AUGUCUCUGUUCCGCACCAGCUUCCCUACCUCGGGCGACUUCUCGCCUCUCUUCCGCCUGUUGGACGACUACGAUGUUCAUCGAUCCAGCCGCGGAACUACUUCCACUCAACACUUCAGUCCUCGCUUUGACGUGCGCGAAAGUGAGGAUGCCUAUCACCUCGAUGGCGAGCUACCCGGUAUCGCUCAGAAGGACAUCAACAUUGAGUUCACCGAUCCCACUACCCUGGUCGUGAAGGGUCGCACCGAGCGCGAAUACCACUCUGAGGAGCCCAAGGAGCGCACCGGUGAACAAGCCAACACUGACCACACCACCGAAGUCACCAAGUCUGGCCACCGCUUCUGGGUCAGCGAGCGCUCGAUCGGCGAGUUCCAGCGCACCUUCACCUUCCCUGGCCGUGUCGAUCAGGACAAUGUCAAGGCCAGCCUGAAGAAUGGCAUCCUCUCCAUGGUCAUUCCCAAGUCCACCCAGAAGGCCACCAAGAAGAUCACCAUUGAGUAA